CUUCGAUCGAGUGGUUCAAAAGCGAAAUGAAGCACAGAAAGGCUCCAAGGCUAAUUUGGGCAACAAGGAAUGAACCGUAGGUAAAGGUCAAAGCUUUACUCGACACGGCGUGGCACUGCGUCUGUUUAGUUCUAUUUGGGGGGAUGUGUUGACCGAGCAGACAAAGGGAUCAAAUCAAACAUAACCUUAUAAAUAUAUAUGCACCCGACCCAAACCCCUUCUUUCGCGCUCUUUUUUGCAAUAAGCUUUACAAAACUAUGAAAUGAGCGAUCGAAGCACCUAUCCAGGGAAACUUGCUGCGAAUGCGUGCCUGUGUGUUUUUACCGUCGCGGUAACGGUCUUUACCGCCACAAAAUGGUGGAAGAAGAGGACGACGUUCAAUGCUUUCCUCGUGCUCUGUUGGAUACUGUUGUGCAUAUCAGAUGCAAUGAGUACCCUGAGCUGGAUUCUGAAUGUGGUUUGCGAGACGAAAGGUUGCGGACGUGAUAUCGGUGGCGGCAUUGCUCUCGGUUUCAAUAUGUUUGCUGGUGCCCUGUACACCUUACUUUCCUUGGAACGAUUCAAAGCGUUCCGGCAUAUUGCUAGAUGGUACACGGUGCGAUUGUGUCGAAUCCUCCAGGGUUUGACGGUCGUGCUAGGAGCAUGGGCGUGGGCAUUGAACAUUGUGGUGGACCUUCUACCCGAAGAAACGUACAACAAUAUGUCCAUAUCAAAGGUUUUUCCUUUUGGAACAUCCGUCAUAUUCGGGUCUUCCAUACUUGUUCUGUGGAUCAUCCUCUCAGAUUUCCUCCUUUACGGAGGGACAUUGGUACUCGUACGAAGGCUUCAAAAGGACCUCCGCAGGGAACAAACUCCCGAGCAAAUCAAAGCUCGAAGAUUUCUCGUUGGCGCCCUAUCAGUCGCACUUGUGCUCGCCCUCGCCUCCCUCAUCACGAUCGUCGCAAAGCGGAUAGAAGAAACAAUGAUUGCCGGCCAAUAUGCUAUCCGUGUAUACUAUGCACUCGGACUUGUGUAUCUUUACACACUAGUGCACGUCAUCAACGGAUUCGAUAAACGAUCGCAAACCCCGGCAAGUAACAAGGCUGGUUCUGCAAAGCAUGGUUUGGUCGCAGGAGACACGAUGGUUGCAUCAUCAUCUGUAGCUGGCCAAGCGAGUACAAUCACUGGCGCAACGGUCUGAAAAUCUCCUUCGGAUAUGUAUUGUUGACAGAUUUGUAGGUUGAAAGCAAUGUAGUCUUUUAGAAUCCC